CUCCAGGUUUGUACUUCUAAAAAUCCAACAUGCUGUACCAAAAAGAUGGAAGAAAGGUAUCAGGCUGCAGCAAAGCAAGAGAUACAGCAAGUGCUUCAGACAUCGAGCGCUACGUUAAAAUUUUUAGUAUCUCGUAAUGCAGCUGCUUUUCAAGAAACCUUUGAAAUGCUUAUCAGACUGGCUGAGAAUUACACAAGCACGCUUUUCUGCAAUGCAUAUAGAAACAUGGCUGCUGAGGCUACUACACGUGUCCAGGAGUUUUUCGCGGAUGUUGGACUCUUCGUAUUUGGCACAGACGUUAGCACAGAGGAAUUUGUCAACAGAUUUUUUGACACCCUGUUCCCAGUAGUCUACAACCACGUGAUAAACCCUGGUCUGACUGACAUUUCAGUGGAAUAUGCGGAGUGCCUCCAAAUGGCGAGAAGAGACAUCAGGCCCUUUGGUAACGUUCCCCAAAAGGCCAUAGGACAACUGGGAAGAUCACUGUUACCCAGCCGGACAUUCUUGCAGGCUCUGAAUUUGGGGAUUGAAGUGAUCAACACAACAGAUCAUCUGCAUUUCUCUAAAGACUGCAGCAGAGCUUUACUGAGAAUGCAGUACUGCCCCCAUUGCCAAGGGCUGACUUUAAGUAAGCCCUGUAUGGGCUACUGCCUCAACGUCAUCCGAGGCUGCUUAGCUAACAUGGCAGAAGUUGAUCUUCACUGGCGGGGAUAUAUUCAGUCCCUGGAGGAGCUCUCAAGUGCCAUGACUGGAACAUACGACAUCGAGCACGUGCUUCUAAACUUUCAUUCACUUGUUAAUGACGCUGUCGUACAGGCUCGUAUCAAUGGGCCAGAAUUAUCUGAGCAGGUGAAAAAGGUAUGUGGUCCUCCUGUAAGGAAGCCUACGCAGUCUCCAGGUUGCUCCUUUGAUCAGAACAAAGAUAAUCAAGGGUUGAAGAUGUUCUCAAGAGACAAUGAAGAAACCCUCGCCAACAGAAGAAAAGAAUUUAUCAGCCACCUCCGGCUCUACAGAGCCUUUUACGGUGGCCUGGCUGAUCAGCUGUGCGGUAUCGAGUUGGCAGCUGCUGAUGGACUCCCGUGUUGGAACGGAGAAGAUGUUGUAAGAAGCUAUACUCAUCGUGUGGUUGGCAGUGGAAUCAGAGCUCAGUCUGCAAAUCCAGAAGUAAAAGUGAAGGGAACAGAUCCUGUAAUAAGUCAAAUUAUUGACAAGCUGAAACACGUUAUUCAGCUGUUGCAAGGCAAAUCAUUUCCUAAAUAUGAUAAAUGGGAUCUCCGACAAACAGGCAGUGGUGGAGGUGUAGAUGAACAAAUCAGUGGAGAUUGUGAUGAUGAAGAUGGUUGCGGAGGAUCAGGAAGUGGAGAAGUCAAAAGAGUCCUGAAAAUUACAGACUGGAUGCCAGACAAGACGAACCUCAGUGACGUAAAACAAAUCCAUCAAACCAACGAUGGCAGCACUUUAGACACAACUGGAGCAGGAUGUACAACAAUGUCUGAUUAUAUGACAUUUAUGCUGAUUAGUUUGGUAACACUAUUUCUCAGUCUUUGGUAA